GGCGGGCCAGGCUCGGGGGUUCCUUUUUGCCGCCCCUCAGGUGAGGCCCUGCCCCGAUGCCGCUCCUAGGCAGGCUCGGAUAGCGCGAAAAAGGAUUUUAGGGAGUGUGAAAAUGCAGGAAAAAGAAUAUUAGAAUGGCUCCGAGGAUGUUCUAGGCAGGAGAAAGGAAUGAGUCCAUCCCAGGCCUUGAGUCCAUUCCCAAACCUCGGGAAUGGAGCAGUCAUUUAUUUUCAGUUUAAUUUAAUUAAUAAUUAUCUGCCAUUAAAAUCAAAGAUUCCGCCCUAGAGCUCCCCAAGUUGUGAUUUCCCCCGUGUCUGGUUGAUUUGAAAUCGCCUGUUUUCCUUGGAUUUGACUUUUCCCACCGUGGAUAACAAUCACAGCCCGUUUUUGGGGCUGCUUAUCCUAAUUAAAGGAGUUUCUCCUCUUCCUCUGGAUCCCCCUGGACCGGGAUAGAGGCACCUCAAUCCCGGGUUUUCCUGGCUCGGGUUUUUUUGGACUUCCAGAGGUUUUGAGGGAUGCCCAAGAAAUUCCAGGGAGAGAACAGCAAGUCGGCGGCGGCGCGCGCCCGCAGGGCCGAGGCCAAGGCGGCGGCGGAGGCGCGGCGGCAGCAGGAGCUGGAGGAUGAGCUCUGGAAGGACGAGGACAAACACGUCCUGAGGAAGGAGCAGAGGAAGGAGGAGCGGGAGAAGCGGCGCCUGGAGCAGCUGGAGCGCCGCAAGGAGCUGCAGCGGCUGCUGGAGGAAGAGGACUCCAAGCUCAAAGGGAAAAGCCCCAAGCAGGGAAAUCCUGGGAAAAUCACCCGGGCCCAGAUCGAGGAGAAUGUGCGCAAGGAGCAGCAGCAGAGGGAAAACGCAGAUGCAGGGGAGAAGGAGAAAUCGCACCUGGAGAUGCCGCUGGAGGAGAACCUGAACCGGCGGCUGCCCGAGGAGGGCUCUGUGGAGGCGCGCAGCAUCGAGGACGCCAUCGCUGCCCUCAGUGUGUCCCAGCCCCUGGAGCGCCACCCUGAGCGCCGCCUUCGCGCCGCCUUUGCCGCCUUCGAGGAGCUGCAGCUGCCGCGCCUGCGGCGGGACAACCCCAACAUGCGGCUGAGCCAGCUGCGCCAGCUGCUCAAGAAGGAGUGGAUGAGGUCCCCCGAGAACCCCCUGAACCAGCGCCACAAACCCUACAACAGCCACCAAUAGCCCUGUGCCUCCCUGGACUGGGAUCCUCACCAGGACCCUUCUACCCCCGCGGGCUUUUGGGGUUUUUUUUCUCCCUCUCUCCCCACCCGUGGAUUUGGGGCGAGCUCGAGGUUGGACUGAUGCCACCUUCUCCUUCCUGAAGUUCCCUGGGAAAAGCGGCUCUCAAUGGCUCUCAGGUGUCCCUUGGCAUUCCCUCCUUGGAGUUCUGGAGUUGUCACAUGGAAAAUGCUCCUGGGGUGUGAACCUGAAGUGAUUCUAGACCCUGGAUCUCCCCUGGGUGUCCCUGGUCCUGUUUCCUCUGGGACUGGGGUAUCCCUGAAACCCCUGCUCCUGGGAUAUCCAUGAAAUCCCUGCUCCUGUUUCCUUUGGGAUAUCCCUGAAAUCCCUGCUCCAGUUUCUCUGGGAUUGGGAUAUCCCUGAAAUCCCUGCUCCUGUUUCUUUGGGAUUUGGAUGUCCUUGAAAUCCCUGUUCCCAUUUCCUUUGGAUUGGGAUAUCCCUGAAAUUCCUGCUCCCAUUUCCUUUGGUAUUGGGAUAUCCCUGAAAUCCCUGCUCCCAUUUCCUUUGGGAUUGGGAUAUCCCUGCUCCUGUUUCCUUUGGGAUUGGGACCAUUUUCUUUGGGGUGGGCCUAUCCCUGAAAUCCCUAGUGCCAUUUCCUUUGGGACUGGGGCAGAAGCAUUGGGAAGAGGGAAAAUCCCUCAGGGAGGAGUGGGAAAAGCCUUUCCUGGGGGGGACAGGCACUCCAGGUGACAUUCCCAGUGUCCUCUGGAAUACUGGGCCCCAAGUCCACCCAGAGGAGGGAUUCCCAUCCUUUGGGAGUGGAAUUCCUUCCCAGGAAUUGGUCUGGAGGUGCCAUGCAACUUCCCCAAAUCCCAUGGGAUUCAUCCAGGCUCAUCCUUUUCCCUCUUUUUGGGACUGCCCCCACUGGGCUGGGCACUGUUCCCACAUCCCAGAAUUCCCAAAUCCAGCCAAGGAGGAGUGACACCCCCACCCCCCCCCCCCUUUGUGUGAGUUUGGUGUGUUUGAAUUCAAUUAAAAA